AUGGAUCCAAUGCAAAUGACUGGAGUCGUUAUGGAAACAAAUUCAAACGAUAAUCAAAUUAUGAAACUUAAUCCAAUUGUUCCAUUAACAACAAUGACUCCAAUGCUUUCAUUGGAUAAUUUUCCCAAAGAUUUUUAUCCGACAAUCGCAAAGAAAUAUUCAUCACAACCACAACUUUACAAACAUGUUUAUGUUACUUCACCUCAUCAUAAGGAUAAAAAGAAAAAGAAGAAGAAUAAAUUCAAGGAUUCCGAUGAAUCUUGGUUUGAUUAUCUCAAUCCAUUUACUUGUGAUGAUGACUAUGAAGAUUACGAUGAGGAUUUCUCGGGUUCAGACGAAAGCAACACAAGAAGACGAACACGGUUGAGAAAUCGUCGAAGAAGACGAAGAAUUAUUUUGUUUGCUUUGGCUGCUGCACUUGCAUUAGUAGCAGCAAAAUGUUUGCUGUCCCAACUCUCUCAUUGGUUUCCAACAUUUUUUGCCACGACAGGUCGUGAUGAAUUCUUUGGAAAUGAUCAACUUUAUCAUGAUGGAAUUGAUCUUGAUCGAGCUGCUUCAGAGAAAUCUUUUGACAACUCAAUAGAACAACGCUCGUUCUUCUCACCCACAUACGAUGAAACAAGAAUCGCAAACGUUCCAUCAAGAAGUUUAAUAAUAAAAGAGAAUUGUACUGAAAAGUGUCGUGAAGUGAACAUCUUCAACGAAGAAUGGAGCAUGGAAGAUUGUUGGGUGGAAACUUAA